AUGUCCUCACUAGAAUCCCCUGCUGCUCCCUACAACCCACAACAUCCACGCUCCCUGCGCCUCUCCCUCACCUUUCCUCCCCCCCCACGCCAUUCACUCCCCCACUUUCUCCUUACCUCCCCCACCCUCCACGCCCCUCCCUUCUGCACUCCCCUCCCAAUCUACCGACCUCGCAUACAGACCACCGUCACACAAGCCGCACCAAGCGUCACCACCUUUUGCCUGUCUCCCCAAUAG